AUGCUGCCAUUGUCGUCUACCUCAUCUGCACACUAUCUGAGAAAGAUUAUGACGGCAAUAGCUCAGUCAUUCAAUGGCAAUCUGAAGAAAGCAGUAGCUGGACUGAGACGAAUUAAUUUGGAAGGCUUGAAAUGGAGAGUGUUUGAUGCAGAAGGACAGGUCCUCGGGAGGCUAGCAUCACAAAUAUCGACUGUGGUUCAGGGCAAGGAUAAGCCUACAUAUACACCCAAUCAUGAUGAAGGGGAUAUGUGCAUUGUAAUCAAUGCAAAAGAUGUAUGCUUCACUGGGAGGAAACUAACUAAUAAGUUCUACCGUUGGCAUACUGGAUAUAUUGGCCACCUCAAGGAAAGGAGUUUGAAAGACCAGAUGGUCAAGGAUCCUACUGAAGUAAUCCGUAAAGCUGUGCUGCGCAUGCUUCCUAGAAACAAAUUACGUGAUGAUAGAGAUAGAAAAUUGAGGAUAUUUGCUGGCAGUGAGCACCCUUUUGGUGACAGGCCACUUGAACCUUAUGAGAUGCCUCCUCGACAAGUGCGUGAAAUGCGGCCCCGUGCAAGACGAGCUAUGAUACGAGCUCAGAAGAAAGCCGAACAACAAGAACAAGGUGUUAGCACAUACACAAGAAAAGAUAAAAGGAGGGAAGAGGUAGAUGCAGAAGUUGGUGAAUUAAAGUAA